AAACACUAAUGGACAGCAAGUGGGCAACCACAGAACUGGCCUGGACCACGUUUCCGGAGAGUGGGGUGAGUGUGUGUGUUUGUGUGCGUGCGUGUAUUUUUGUUAGAGAAUUUAAACCUUGUCUUGUGUUCCUGCAGUAUUCCACAGCAUUUGUUCCAUUUGCUAGUUAACAGCGCUCCCCCGGACAUACCUCCCACUGUUUUAUAACUCUGUUUGUUUUCUUGGUUGCUAAAAACAAAUGAGAAACAUACAUCUUGAAGCAGUUUAAGUUUGACAUUUAAGCGAAGUUUCUCUCAAAUCAGGAUCCCCAAAACAUAAAAUUCUGAAAUAGUCCACAACACAAAUCUCCAAAAUAGUCCAAAAAAGACGAAACUCAGCUGCAUAGUCAUAUUGGGUACACAGUCCCAAACAGCUGCAAGCAACACCAGCUGAAGAGUUUGGAAAUAUAUAUCUUAAGGUGGAAGAAGCCCAUAAGCAAAUUACAGCUGGGAAUUAAUGUUUCAGAUGAUGAUCUCCCCCGUAGGAAUGAAUGUUUCAGAUGAUGAUCUCCCCCGUAGGAAUGAAUGUUUCAGAUGAUGAUCUCCCCCGUAGGAAUGAAUGUUUCAGAUGAUGAUCUCCCCCGUAGGAAUGAAUGUUUCAGAUGAUGAUCUCCCCCGUAGGAAUGAAUGUUUCAGAUGAUGAUCUCCCCCGUAGGAAUGAAUGUUUCAGAUGAUGAUCUCCCCCGUAGGAAUGAAUGUUUCAGAUUAUGAUCUCCCCCGUAGGAAUGAAUGUUUCAGAUGAUGAUCUCCCCCGUAGGAAUGAAUGUUUCAGAUGAUGAUCUCCCCCGUAGGAAUGAUGAGAAAACAAAACGACAUGAAUUUGACCCCCAGGCUAACAGCUUGACAGACCUCCCCCACUCUAGGGCAGUGUGAUUUGUCUUUGGUACGUGAGCGCAAAGUCAGUCAAUGGAAACGAUGGGUUACUAUGGCAACAAUCUUAGGCAGUCCAGCUUUUUCAAGCCUUUCUGCAGGCUCACACCAAAUGUCUUUGCACCCCUACAAGUCAUACGUCAUAAGGGCAAGACGGCCCUUUCAAAAUGUGUGACAAGCCCAUACGUUCUGUCCGGGUGCAAUUAUCAUAUUUGUGAGGUAUUACGGCAAUGUGCUGCCCUUGAUUUAUGGUGUACGAUGCUGACUCCUGGACCCAUCGUUUUGGAAUAAAUUGUAUGCAUGCGUGCUCCACCAUAUUGAAUUAUGCAUUCUGUUCCUCCUGUUGAAUUGAUCAAUGUUUGGAGCCCUCAUUAAGAAUGGAAAUGUAUUAUUCAGGUUGAGUUGUUAGAAUCAAAAGAUUAACUUCUUGGAGGAGAUGAUUAUUUCCUUGGGCAAAAAUCUGUUAAUAACCCAGUUAAUUAGGAUCAUGGUUAAUUAUAGAUAUAAUCCUGUAAUAGAUGGAUCUUUGACUAUUUCCUUUAGGUAGUCAUGCCUAUAUUGUAAUAAUGUAAAAUGUCUUUGGUGUAGAAGAUCUGGUGAUAUGAACUGGUAUAAAUGUUUUUUUCCCUGACUGUAGAGAACCAUAUCAUCGUUAGACCGUUGUUGAAGCUAAGUGCUGUGAAAUGAUUAUUGACUGCUCGACUCAAUGGUGUAUACUGGACCACGUUUCAUAGCAUGCAAAAAUACUCCUCGUGAUUUGAGGAGUAGGCUUGGAAAAUGUUCCACUUGAAACAUAGCACUUGAAUCUUAAAAUAUAAGCCACAACACCUCCGUGAUGCAACCAGCAAGAUGAGACUGCGCUUGAAUUGCCUCUUCAAUAGAUAAUACACUGUUUGAGAUGAGAUAGGGUAGUUCUCAUUGAAAAUGUGCCCUAUAAUCGCUCUCAAUAGCAGCACCUGCUAAAUGACUUAUUUCAUAGGAACGACAUUCUGAUUGCUGCCUUCUCUGUGCAAUGAUAAUAUGAUUAUAUGCAGACCUAGGUUCAAAUAGUAUUUGUUUUCUUUCAAAGACUUUGAGCGAAAGAUGGAACCUGUCUGGAGUGCCAGCUGGGUGGGGUUUGCGCUUUUGGGACGAUUCCAUUGGUUCCAUUGUACCAGGCAAGCUCAAUCAAGUGCUAGGUUUUGAUCGAAAAAUACUAUUUGAACCCAUGUCUGAUAAUGUGUACAGUUCUCUCUAUUCACUAGUUACAGUGUUUGUCUCUGUUCUCCUGCAGUGGGAGGAGGUGAGUGGAUACGAUGACUCCAUGAGUCCCAUAAGGACGUACCAGGUCUGCAACGUGCGCGAGCCCAACCAGAACAACUGGCUGAGGACAGACUUCAUCCCCCGCAAGGGCGUGCUACGUGUCUACGUGGAGCUCAAGUUCUCCGUCCGCGACUGCGCUAGUAUUCCCAACAUCCCCGGCUCCUGCAAGGAGACCUUUAACCUCUUCUACUACGAGUCCGAUGGUGAUACCGCCACGGAAAGUAGUCCCUUGUGGAGGGAGAACCCUUACGUGAAGGUGGACACCAUCGCUCCCGAUGAGAGUUUUUCCCUUCUGGUGGCGGGCAGGAUCAACAACAAAGUGCGAAGCUUCGGACCUCUCUCCAAGGCAGGCUUCUACCUAGCCUUCCAGGACCUGGGGGCUUGUAUGUCCUUGAUAUCCGUGCAGGUUUUCUUCAAGAAGUGCUCGACGACCAUCGCGAACUUCGCCGUCUUCCCUGAAACGGCCACAGGGGCCGAGGCCACCUCCUUGGUCAUCGCCCCAGGGGCGUGCGUGUCCAAUGCGCAGGAGGUGUCCGUCCCUCUGAAGCUGUACUGCAACGGGGAUGGGGAGUGGAUGGUUCCUGUGGGGUCUUGUACCUGCGUACCAGGGUUUGAGCCGUCCAUGGCAGACACACAGUGCCAGGGUGAGUCUUUAGUCUACAGUCGACUGUUUUGACUUUUAACUAAAGCCUGUUUUUAAUGCUCAUUGCAAGUCACAGUCUACGCCGUCCUGUCUGUGUGUAUUGUGUGGCACAUGAAUGAAGGCUGAAGGAGGAUGGAGAGUUUGCAUUAAUGAGCUGUUGCAGAGAGCAGCAGCAUACAAAUAUCGAGACAGAGGGCAAUCAGAGGGAGAGGGAGAUAGUGAAAGGGGACAAGAUAGUGAGGCGAGAAAGGAAGAUAGUGGGAGGGAGGGAGGGAGGGAGAGAGAGAGAGAUUGUGAGAGAGAGAAUAUUGUGUGAGGGAUUAUAAAGGAGAAAGAGAUUGUGGGGGGGAGAGAGAUAUAUUGUGAGAGGGGAAAGGAAAGAUAAAGUGAGAGACACAGAGGGAGAGAGAGAGAGAAGGACGGAGAGAUAGAGUCGUGAAUUGCCCAAGACAACAUCAGGAGCGGUCAGAGAAAGAAAGAGAAGCUCUCCUCUCUUUACAUGAGGAAUGGUGAAGAACGGCAAAUAACGAGCCAGAGAGCUCAUUUAGCGCCAUUUGGCGGCUCAAGGUUAAAAGCCUGCCGUCGACGUCUGAUAAAAGGCUCUCCAGAGGCUUCAGGCGUGGUGGUGAAGAGGAAGAGGAAGUGUCAUUUCCUCUCUGGUCUCCCCACCAUUAGUUAAUCUACAGGCGGCUGCACUCAUUAACACCACUCGGACCACCGUGAGCCAACACUGCCACCGCUCACCAUUAAUCACAGGGACAUUUAAUCUCUUACCUCAGUCUAGAGCGAGAGAGAGGGAGGGGAGGGAGGGAGGGGGAGAGAGGGAGGGAGGGAGGGAAGGGGAGGCAGUGGGAGGGAGGUAGAGGGAGGGAGGGAGGCAGUGGGAGGGAGGGGGAGGCAGUGGGGGGGAGGGAGGGGGAGGCAGUGGGAGGGAGGGAGGGGAGGCAGUGGGAGGGAGGUAGGGGGAGGGAGCAGGAGACGGGGGGAGAGAGGGAGAUUUAUUUUAUUGUUUAUUUCACUUUUGUUUAUUAUCUAUUUCACUUGCUUUGGCAAUCUAAACAUAUGUUUCCCAUGCCAAUAAAGCCCCUUGAAAUGGAAUUUAAUUGGAAUUGAGAGAGAGGCCAGUGAGGGCCACAGAACUUUCCGGUAUCAGAGAAGAGACAGACAAAAGGGCAUGCCCUCCAAAGAGGUUAAUGAAUUAAGCGAUUCAGGUGAUGCAACCCUUCUCCUCCAGAAACAAAACAAACUUAGAACAAAACAAAGUGAUGAUGGCGUGUAUAAUAAGACAAAUAUAAAUCAGAUGAAAGUGUUUUAAGAGUGUUUCAGGGCCUGCGGUCUUUGUUGAGUUACGACACAUUUUACGUGUUAUCUUAACUUGGCUAUUUAUUGCAUGUUUUUUUUUUUUUGUUAGAAUGUGGAGCAUUAAAGUUCACUAAUGUCACUGCAAGUGGCAUUCCGGAGAAUUAAGACAGGCCUAGUUCAAACUGGAAAACCACUUAGCCUGACUAGUUAAUCACACCCUCUCGCCUGCUAAGUUUUUAUGAGCCCUCAUACUGAUAAGACAGAUGUUAGCCAGAGCCUCGGUUUUACACCACACUUAAAGAACAUGGGAAAAGUCAAAGUAAAGUCUAGCUCCUAAGUGCUAUUUACAACCUUUUAUGCUGCAUUUAGUGUAUACACCCUUAUGUUACUAGGGAAAUUGUGUUUCCAUAACUAGGGCUGACAGUGAGGACAGAAUCAACAACCUCUGCAUAAUCAAAUCCCUUGCUUUGUGAGGUUUUAAAGUUCACAUUUGGCCAUUGUUAUGUAAAUGCAAGCUGAAAAGUAUCAGUGGCCUGGCUUUGGCCCCAAGUGAGAGCAGGUUGGCCUGAGCCAUGGCCCAGUGAGACACGGGUGCCGGCGUAGAUGGAAACAGAAAAGUCUGAGCCUUUUGGGUAAAUGCGGCAUUAGUUUAAAUUUCCUUAACCCUAUUUCAGGUUGAGAUCUUUGUUGGUUUAUCUGGCAACUUUUCUUAUGACAUUACAUUUACAUCAUUUAGCCGAUGCUCUUACCCAGAGCGAUUGACAGUAGGGAGUGCAAACAUUUUCGUACUGGUUCCCUGUGGGAAUCGAACCCACAACCCUGGCGUUGCAAGUGCCAUGCUCUACCAACUGAGCCACACGGGACCUCCUUCAAUGAAGUUGGAGAUUGACUUGAUAGAGGAUAGGCCCCCCCAAAAAGAUAAAGGCUGCCCAAAAGAAUGCCAGUCUAAAACAAAAUAUACCUUAUAAGGUAGUAUCCCUAUAGUUGCACUUGAUUGAUGAUCAAGCUGCUUUGUAUGCGUGCCAACCCACCUCUUGAAUGACGUGUUGAAACAGUGAGUUCUUCUAAGCCCCAAAUGGACACUGUGUGAUUAAUGUAGGUGUAUCCUAACUCUCAACAGCGUCGUCCAUCCCUCUUAGCCAGACAGGAGCAAUCUACUGUCGUCCCUCCAACUUUAUCGUUCCCUCUCAAUUUAUCUGUCAUCCUUAGACCUGUGAUAGAUUAUUCCGUCCUUAUCUGUGAUAGAUUGAUAUCCCUUCUAUGUUGUGAUGAAAAUGAGAGGAUAUGAACAUACUCACUAGAAAUACCCCUUAUAAUAAUAUGCCAUUUAGCAGACGCUUUUAUCCAAAGCGACUUACAGUCAUGCGUGCAUACAUUUUUACGUAUGGGUGGUCCCGGGGAUCGAACCCACUACCUUGGCGUUACAAGCGCCGUGCUCUACCAGCUGAGCUACAGAGUUAGGUCUCCCUCACAUAUUUCAACCCCACCCAGACAGAGAUAGUCUAGUGUGACAUUAUGGUUUGAAGGAUUUGGACUGACUAGCUCCUCUCUCUCUCUAACUCCAAGAGUUAGGUUGUUGUCACAAAUGUCAACCCCAGCCGGACUGAGAUAGUAGUGUGUGGCCAACCUUGGUUUGGUUUUGUGCUUUAUUGACAUUGACAGUGUUCUGACUGUCCCUUUUGUUUCUGUCUUUCCCGUAUAGCGUGUACCCCCGGGUCAUUCAAGUACAAGCAUGGGGAGGACUCAUGUUACCCCUGCCCCCCCAACAGUCGCACCAGCUCCAGGGGGGCCAACAUCUGCCCAUGCCAAAAUGGCUUCUACCGUGCCGACAGUGACUCUCCGGACUCAGCCUGCACCAGUAAGUCAAGCGCGUAGCUUUUUCUCAGCAGUUGUCAUUGGCUGUAGAUAUUCAUUGGGAUGGUUUACUGGACACUGGGCCAAAUCGUGGACUGAAGUGUACGCUGAAUGGAGAUUCCCCAUUGAGCAUGCUAUUUCGUCUAUGGCUACACUUAAUCUGUGUCUGGGAAACCAGCCCAUAUGUGUCAAGAGCCACUAGGGUGUAAGUGUCAGUACAGGUAGGUAUAGUGUUCAACUGAAUGCCUACAUGGUUGUUUCUACAGACAACGCUUUGUUGACCUCAGAUAAUUGUGACAUAGCCUAACAACCAAUACCUUUUUUCACUGACAUGACAUACAUGGACUGUGACCAAGCCUAUAUGACUAUCAACUGACUCUCCUUGUCCAGAAUUCUGUGUGCCAUUAUCCUCAUAGAACAUCUGGGCUCCAUACUUCCCCUGCAGCCUGUCAGAGCUUGUGCCGGUCCAGGCAGCUCAUGUUUUGCAAGGGACCGAGGGUGUUGUACUAGAAAGCUCGGCUCGGGCCAGCUCGGGCUCUCUGUGGGAGCCCAGCAUUUCAGACUGUGUGCCCAAUUAGAUGAGGCCAUACUCCAAACUGUGUCAGUCUAAUUGGAUAGGACAGAGCAUGGGGGAAAACACACUCCACUCAGGGUGAACAGGCAGAGGAGCUGAACUGAGCUGGUUGAGAUGUGUGAACUGAGACACGCUGAAAGCAUUUCCUUGAAGUGUGUUGCUGUAGAAGUGUUGUUGUCUGGAUCUGCUUAGAGAGGGGUUGGGGUUAGAUUACCCCUCAGCCUCUGUAAUUGGAUGAUAUACAGUAUCAUGCACCACUGUGCCAUAGAUACAAGCAUUGAAAUUCAGAUAUUUUCUAUUUUAUGGGUAAUGAAUCAAUGUUUCAUGAAUAGUAAUGUUUAAGUCCUGAUUAGUAAUGAUUAAGUCAUGCGUGGCAUGGAUGUGGUUUAUAUUCUCUAUAUUCUCUAUAUGAAUACUGCUAUUUAUGUUGUCAUGUAUAACAUAACCUAUUUCUACUUUAUGGAAUUAACUCCCAUUGGUAUUUCAUGGAUACUGAUUUAAGUUCCAUUCAUUAUAAUGUUGAAGUCAUGCAUGGAAUGAACAUGUUAUAUAAAAUAUGGAUGAAGUCUAUUUGUUUAAUUGUGUGCUGGAGGUCAUAUCUCUCCAGCAGGAACAGAACAAUUCUGUGAACUGUAUGGACCCAGGAAGAUAAGCACUAAUGGACUAAUGGGGAUCUUAGUAAGCUAAUCAUAAACUCAAUAAUUUACCCCUUCAAUAGUAAGGUUCUAAGAGUGGGGUUCUAAGAGUGGGGUUCUAAGAGUGGGGUUCUAAGAGUACGGUUUUAACAGUGAGGUUCUACAGUAUUAGCCUCUAUAAACAGUGUUCUAAAGGACGUCACUAACCCGUCUGUGGUGUUUCUGUCCAGCCGUGCCCUCACCACCUCAGAAUGUCAUCUCCACCGUGAACGAGACUUCCAUCUCCCUGGAAUGGGAAGAGCCGCUGGACGCCGGUGGGCGGGAUGACGUCAUCUACAACGUUGUGUGCAAGAAGUGUCUGCGAGACCGGAGCCCGUGCACGCGCUGCGAUGACAACGUGGACAUAUCGCCGCGACGACUGGGCCUGACCCAGAAGAAAGUGGUGAUGAGGAACCUGCAGGCUCAUACCCGCUACAGCUUCGAGAUCCAGGCGGUCAACGGCGUCUCUGGGAAAAGCCCCGGCGCGCCACGCUACGCCACCGUUAACAUCACCACCAACCAGGCCGGUGGGUAUCUCCAUAGCACUUUGCUAGCACUUAACGUUAGCUGCACUCAACAUUAAUACUUGAUAUCGUCACUCACUAUCACCUCACUCCAAGACACUCAAGGUCACCACUGUAAGUACAAUAGCUAGCUACCACUUAACAUCACCACUCAACUUUACCACUCAACUCAGGCUAGCUGCAUCUUACAAUGGCAGUUACUUUUACUGCCUCAUCUUGUGAUCAGUACUGAUGCUUUGCCUCAGUUUAUGGACUCAGUAUGUGUCAUUUCAGCUUAGUACCAAAUCAAUAAACUGAAAUGUCACAGAUAAAUGUCAUGGUAAGAAGUGAGAUAAUCAUAAACAAUGCUAGAUGAAGAGCGUGUACACUUUGCUAAUUUCAUUUAUACAGUGUAACAAAAAUACUCUUAACAUAUUCAACAUGAAAGCUUAAUUUUUUAUUUGUAUUAACGUCACCCAUUUUUAUUGUCCAAUCACAGCACCGUCAGCAAUACCCACAGUGCACCUGAUGAAGUCCACAUCAGACACACUCAGCCUGUCCUGGCUGCCCCCAGAGAAACCCAACGGGGUUAUCCUAGAUUACGAGAUUAAGUACUACGAAAGGGUAAGGCACUGUUUUAUAGCCUGGUCCCAGAUCUGUUUAUGGUGUGGAGCCCACUCCUCCUGUUCUCUAAUUCAACCAUGAUUCACUGAAGUAAACAUUUACUCAGUACCUUCAUUUUGACGAGCCACUGGAGAGAAAACCCUUGUACGAAAUAUGUUUGAAAAUGAAUAUGGCAUAUGUGUCCUGUCUGAUGGAGAUGGGUGAAAGAGUUGUUUGGCAUUCCACAGGUUAGCACUCACUUGAUGCAGCUGUGUAGUGUUUUCUUCAACAGCAUCAUGUCAGCAUGGACAUAGGCAUGCUGCUCCUAUAAAAAAUAAUAUGAACCAAAUACACUCGACUACAGUACCAGUCAAAAGUUUGGACACACCUAUUAAUUCCAGGGUUUUUCUUUAUUUGUACUAUUUUCUAGAUUGUAGAAUAAUAGUGAAGACGUUAAAACAAUAAAAUAACACAAAUGGAAUCACGGAGUAACCAAAAAAGUGUUAAACACAUCAAAAUAUAUUUUAUAUUUGAGAUUCUUCAAAGUAGCCACCCUUUGCCUUGAUGACAGCUUUGCACACUCUUGGCAUUCUCUCAACCAGCUUCAUGAUGUAGUCACCUGGAAUGCAUUUCAAUUAACAGGUGUGCCUUGUUAAUUUGUGGAAUUUUGUUCCUUCUUAAUGCAUUUGAGCCAAUCAGUUGUGUUGUGACAAGGUAAGGAGUGGUAUACAGAAGAUAGCCCUAUUCGGUAAAAGACCAAGUCCAUAUUAUGUCAAGAACAGCUCAAAUAAGCAAAGAGAAACGACAGUCCAUCAUUACUUUAAGACAUGAAGGUCAGUCAAUCCGGAAAAUUUCAAGAACUUUGAAAGUUUCUUCAAGUGCAGUCACAAAAACCAUCAAGCGCUAUGAUGAAACUGGCUCUCAUGAGGACCGCCACAGGAAAGGAAGACCCAGAGUUACCUCUGCUGCAGAGGACAAGUUCAUUAGAGCUACCAGCCUCAGAUUGCAGCCCAAAUAAAUGCUUCACAGAGUUCAAGUAACAGACACGUCUCAACAUCAACUGUUCAGAGGAGACUGUGUGAAUCAGGCCUUCAUUGUCGAAUUGCUGCAAAGAAACCACUACUAAAGGACACCAAUAAGAAGAAGAGACUUGCUUGGGCCAAGAAACACGAGCAAUGGACAUUAGACCAGUGGAAAUCUGUCCUUUGGUCUGAUGAGUCCAAAUGUGAGAUUUUUGGUUCCAACCGCCGUGUCUUUGUGAGAAGCAGAGUAGGUGAACGGAUGAUCUCCGCAUGUGUGGUUCCCACAGUGAAGAAUGGAGGAGAUGGUGUGGGGGUGCUUUGCUGGUGACACUGUCUGUGAUUUAUUUAGAAUUCAAGGCACACUUAACCAGCAUGGCUACCACAGCAUUAUGCAGCGAUACGCCAUCCCCAAAACACACCUCCAGGCUGUGUAAGGGCUAUUUGACCAAGCAGGAGAGUGAUGGAGUGGUGCAUCAGAUGACCUGGCCUCCACAAUCACCCGACCUCAACCCAAUUGAGAUGGUUUGGGAUGAGUUGGAUCGCAGAGUGAAGGAAAAGCAGCCAACAAGUGCUCAGCAUAUGUGGGAACUCCUUCAAGACUGUUGGAAAAGCAUUCCUCAUGAAGCUGGUUGAGAGAAUGCCAAGAGUGUGCAAAGCUGUCAUCAAGGCAAAGGGUGUGUCAGGGUUGAGUGUAGAGGUAGUGUAGAAUCAGGCGCAGGACACACAGAGGUUUCGAACAGACGUCUUUAGUGAAGUCCAAAGAACAAGCCACACACGGCAACAGGCAACAGGCGAACUUUACGCACCACGGUAAAGUAUACAAAAGGCGCACAAAGUGCGGAACUCUCUCUCAAACACAAAAUACAGAGAGAACUGAAAAAACGAACUAGCACACAACGUGACAACAAACAAUUACACACAACACCUGACCAAACUCAAGAGAACUAAAUAGGACACAUAAUGAACACUAAUAAGGAACAGGUGUAACAAAACAGACAAAACCAAUCAAACAUAGAAACAUCGAACGGUGGCAGCUAGUACUCCGGAGACGACGACCGCCGAAGCCUGCCCGAACAAGGAGAAGGAGCAGCCUCGGCCGAAACCGUGACAGGGUGGCUACUUUGAAGAAUCUAAAAUCUAAAAUAUAUUUUGAUUUGUUUAACACUUUUUUGGUUACUACAUGAUUCCAUAUGUGUUAUUUCAUAGUUUUGAUGGCUUCACUAUUAUUCUACAAUGUAGAAAAUUGCAAAAAUAAAGAAAAACCCUUGAAUGAGUAGGUGUGUCCAAACCUUUGACUGGUAGUGUACAUCAAGUGAGCGCUGUCCCUUAAAAAAAGAACAAAGUGUUUACCAUGUUUUCUAUUGUAAUAGAUGUGUUGCUGAGUUCCUUGAUGUGUUUUUUCCAUCUGGGGAGUUUUUCUUAGCCUCUGCUUCUGAUUUCAGUCUGUUAGGUUCUGAACAAACAGAGUAAAAACUCAAACGGACGACUAGGAAAAGCUCAAACCAAGUGUAUUCACCAACAGGGUCAUACAGCUGCAAAGACAACAUACAGUGAGGGAAAAAAACUAUUUGAUCCCCUGCUGAUUUUGUAAGUUUGCCCACUGACAAAGAAAUGAUCAGUCUAUAAUUUUAAUGGUAGGUUUAUUUGAACGGUGAGAGACAGAAUAGCAACAACAAAAAUCCAGAAAAACGCAUGUCAAAGAUGUUAUAAAUUGAUUUGCAUUUUAAUGAGGGAAAUAAGUAUUUGACCCCCUCUCAAUCAGAAAGAUUUCUGGCUCCCAGGUGUCUUUUAUACAGGUAAUGAGCUGAGAUUAGGAGCACACUCUUAAAGGGAGUGCUCCUAAUUUCAGCUUGUUACCUGUAUAAAAGACACCUGUCCACAGAAGCAAUCAAUCAAUCAGAUUCCAAACUCUCCACCAUGGCCAAGACCAAAGAGCUCUCCAAGGAUGCCAUGGGACAAGAUUGUAGACCUACACAAGGCUGGAAUGGGCUACAAGACCAUCGCCAUGCAGCUUGGUGAGAAGGUGACAACAGUUGGUGCGAUUAUUCACAAAUGGAAGAAACACAAAAUAACUGUCAAUCUCCCUUGGCCUGGGGCUCCAUGCAAGAUCUCACCUCGUGGAGUUGCAAUGAUCAUGAGAACGGUGAGGAAUCAGCCCAGAACUACACGGGAGGAUCUUGUCAAUGAUCUCAAGGCAGCCUUGACCAUAGUCACCAAGAAAACAAUUGGUAACACACUACGCCGUGAAGGACUGAAAUCCUGCAGCGCCCGCAAGGUCCCCCUGCUCAAGAAAGCACAUAUACAGGCCCGUCUGAAGUUUGCCAAUGAACAUCUGAAUGAUUCAGAGGAGAACUGGGUGAAAGUGUUGUGGUCAGAUGAGACCAAAAUGGAGCUCUUUGGCAUCAACUCAACUCGCCAUGUUUGGAGGAGGAGGAAUGCUGCCUAGAACACCAUCCCAACCGUCAAACAUGGAGGUGGAAACAUUAUGCUUUGGGGGUGUUUUUCUGCUAAGGGGACAGGACAACUUCAUCGCAUCAAGGGGACGAUGGACGGGGCCAUGUACCGUCAAAUCUUGGGUUAGAACCUCCUUCCCUCAGCCAGGGCAUUGAAAAUGGGUCGUGGAUGGGUGUUCCAGCAUGACAAUGACCCAAAACACACGGCCAAGGCAACAAAGGAGUGGCUCAAGAAGAAGCACAUUAAGGUCCUGGAGUGGCCUAGCCAGUCUCCAGACCUUAAUCCCAUAGAAAAUCUGUGGAGGGAGCUGAAGGUUUGAGUUGCCAAACGUCAGCCUCGAAACCUUAAUGACUUGGAGAAAAUCUGCAAAGAGGAGUGGGACAAAAUCCCUCCUGAGAUGUGUGCAAACCUGGUGGCCAACUACAAGAAACGUCUGACCUCUGUGAUUGCCAACAAGGGUUUUGCCACCAAGUACUAAGUCAUGUUUUGCAGAGGGGUCAAAUACUUAUUUCCCUCAUUAAAAUGCAAAUCAAUUUAUAACAUUUUUGACAUGCGUUUUUCUGGAUUUUUUUGUUGUUAUUCUGUCUCUCGCUGUUCAAAUAAACCUACCAUUACAAUUAUAGACUGAUCAUGUCUUUGUCAGUGGGCAAACGUACAAAAU